AUGAAGACAUCCAUCUCCUCUGAUGUUUGGGAGAACAAAAAAGCAUUGAUUGCUAAGUUGUAUAUGGAGGAGGAAUGGCCAUUGAAACAAGUCAUCAAACAAAUUCGGUCGGAGGAUUUCAAUCCAAGUGAAACACAAUUGCGCAGUCGCUUAAAGAAAUGGAGGGUGACCAAGCCAUCGCGCCAGACACGCAAGAAGCCCAGUGCAGACGAUGAUGACUCCGACAAGGAUGUCAAGAGAUCCUCAACUUCCCCCCAUAACCGCCGACCCCGUCCUGUCAACACAGAGAGGAACACUCGUCCCAGCUGGGCCAGUACAUACCCAGCAUACGCCCCCGCGCUCCCAUCAAACGACCAGCCAAAGUGGAACGCCGCUCUGGCCUCACAGUUAACCCCCAGCCCAUCAGGCGAGCAUGGCCUAAUGUUAGAAAGACCAUCCGCCCAUCCUUAUGACCACAGCCCAACUACCACAUCCUUUGAGCAGCCCGCUCAAACCUCCCCCGUGGACGAGAGUCUCAUGCUUAACACCACAUCCGUUUUGACCCCGACAUACGUGGGCUACCCUCUUUCUCCAGACUCUGGCGUCCCUAGCCCGGGUUCCACCACUGCCGCCAUCCCAUGGCAAUCUCGCGCCGUUUCUGUCGACAUGGGUCUUAACCCGGCCUUGAAUCCCGGUCAAUGGUACGGUAUACCCUUUGAACCCAUCACUCCACCCCCAGGUAUCCCGCAUUCCACUCAUAUGCCUCCCCCGCCCGGCUACCGGGACCAUAUGCCCAUGGGUGUGACCCCAGCCCCGGGUGUCUUCUCUCCCGAGUUUGCAUCGUACCCUACCGAGGUACCGGAGUACCACCAUCACCACCAUCACCACAAUCACCACAAUCACCACCCUGGGUAUGACUCUAAGCCUUGGAAGCGGACUAUGUCGCUCCAUUAUGACUAUGCGGGACAUGGGUCAGCUCGGCCGGACCAUGCAGACCGUAAACAUCCACACCUUCCGACACAUGGUCACCCACCUCCUGGUAUGGUGUCUAUUCCCGGUCAGCCUCCGCAUAUGAUGUGUGCGCCGCUGCUUCCGUACAUGGGUCAGGAUCCUAUGGUCCAUAAGCAGCACCCUGGAGUAGGAUACUGA